AUGUCGUUUCCCUUGUGUUGGGCGGAAGUUGGCGAAAGCCAAAUUACCGGCCCGGAACUCGUAGUCGACACAAAGGAAAAGAUUGCCCUGAUCAGACAACGCAUGGCAGCGGCUCGAGGCCGUCAGAAAAGCUACGCCGAUAAGCGUAGGAAACCCUUAGAAUUCCAUGUCGAGGACCGGGUUCUACUAAAAGGCUCACCUAGGAAAGGCGUGGUACGUUUUGGAAAAAGGGGCAAGCUUAAUCCGCGAUACGUUGGACCUUUCAAAAUUACCGAGAGAAUCGGUAAGGUGGCUAACAAACUGAAUAUGCCUGACGAGCUAAAUGUGGUACACAACGUUUUCCACGUAUUGAAUCUGAAGAAGUGUUUGUCAUAUGAAACCCUUAUCGUUCCUUUUAAGGAACUCACUACCGAUGAUCAGCUGCAUUUCAUCGAGGAACCAGUUAAAAUUAUAGAUAAGGAAAUCAAGACACUUAAGCACAACAAGAUACUUAUUGUUCGCAUUCAUUGGAAUUCUCGUCGUGGCCCAGAGUUUACCUGGGAACGGGAAGACCAAAUGAUGCCCAACUAUCCUUAG